CAACUGUAUGAAACUGUAGGCUACAAAGAACUCGAAAUCAGCUGUGAACUGUCAAAGUUUUAUAUAAUUAUAGAGAAAAGGUGAUGCACAAUGUCUCCUGACCCCACUCAAGAACCUAUUGAAGAAUCAUUAAAUAUACCAAAUUUAUCUAUUGAUACUAGAGGAUUAAAUGCAUCAGAUAGCGAAGAUGAAGACAUAGGAAUGGCCGGAUAUGUGCCAUUAUCUCAAAUUCCUGCAGAUAGUGAUCCAAUAUUAUAUGAAGAUGAUGAUGAUGAAUGGAUAAUUAAUGCAGGUGAAUCUAGCCAAGCAUUACGAGCUCCAUUGAUAGAAUCACAUGAUUGUAUACCAGAAACAGUAGAAGUUUGGUCAACUUCUUAUAAUAGAUCAAAUAUAGAUAUGGAUGCUGAUAAAAUCAAUCAAGUAAAAUCUAUGAUGGCAUCUUUCACUUUACCAAUCUCAGCGAUUCCAGAGUGGGCAAAAGCUAUAUCAGAAGAACAAUGGAAGGAGCAACUUAUUGGACGUAUUAAAGAAAUGCAAAAUAAUUGA